CUGUCGGACUAGCGAGAGACGGAGGCCUCGGCGCGCUCUCUCGGGCCGAAGGAAGGAGGCCACGGGGGGUGGAGGAGGAGGCCAAAGGCCGCGCGAUGUUGGACGACCUCGACCGACUUCUCGACGAGGCCGAGACCGCGGCGUCGUCGGCGCCGGGGCCAGACAAGAAGGUUAAAAAGAAGAAAGAUGAAGACAACAUAGAGGCCCUCCUGGAAGAGCUCUUAGAAGUGGAAGAUAAGCCAUUGCCUAAAGCCUGCGGAGCUGCCCGUGUUCCUCUGGCACAGGUGGCCCAUGUGGACCCAACCAAAGAAGCUACGAGGAGCUCUGCAAGCAGGUGCUGCCCCGUUUAUCUAGGGGGAAGCAAGCUUCCAUGUGGACUGGGAACUACCAUUUCAUGCAGGGCAUGUGACAGGCUGCACUGCACAGUGUGUGAUUUCCGCGUGGUGACAUUUGACAACAUGGAGUGGCAUCACUCGUGUGACUACCUCUUCUUUCGUAACAACAUGCCGGACGUGGAAAAGCUGCGAGCGAGGCUGGUGCGGCGCACGGGCACGCGGGCGUACGCCUGCCAGUGCAGCUGGCGUUCCGUGCAAGAGCCCACCGAGCCUGGAUCCAACCUGCGCUGGGUGUGCAGCAAGCAUGGCCCGAGCUCGUGAAAGGUGUCCGCCCCCAUGGGUAACGGCGACAGGAUUAGACUCGAUGUCCUAAGUGUGUGUGUAUAUAAAACUAAAGAGUGCUGUAUUUCCAGGAAACGUAUUUCCCUCUUUGUAAAUGCAGUGUAGUAUCUUCGUUUUCUUUUGGGUUCUAGUGUAUAUUGUAGUUUUGUAUAAAUAGGAUUCUCACUUUUCUGAGUUGGUUUUGCUGCUCAGCAAGCCGGCUACCUGAUUUACAAACCAUGGCAAUACUUGUAAAUAUUCUGUUUGGUUAUAUUAAGUCAAUCUGGACUGGUGGCACACAGAAUAGAAGGGACAGUUGGAAAGUUUGAGAGUUAAAAUCCCGACUGGGGUCGACUCAGCCCUGUACCUGUCGGGGCUCCAUCGAGUGAAUAUCGCGAUGUAAGUUUCACCCCUGCCAAAGGAAUGGUGAAUUUAUACCACUGGUUCAGGGCUCUAACAGAAGGUGAAUGGCAAGCCCAUGCUCAUGUGAGCAUCAAGUUAUUACUACUUUUUUUUCCACACGCUUUAGCCUUGAGUCUUGGUUACGAUGUAGUCAUUGCAAAUAAUGAACGCAUUAAGUGAUGUGAAUUGUACACAUAUUUUUUUAUAUUGGGUGCAAUUGUGAACAACAGCCAUAUUAGACAGUGGUACAUCUAAUUGGCAUAAUACUUGGUUCACUGCAGCUCAAAUGCUCACUCCUACAAGGCGUGUGCUGAAGUUAGGAGAUGCCCAUGCGCUUGGCAUUUGAAAGCUGACCACCGGAAUCGGUGAUCUCGCUGACAAUGUGUUCGGGGAGGCAGUUCCAUGUCCGGACAGCAGAGUGAAGGAAGCUUCUGUCCAGGGAGCUCGUUCUGACAAACUGGAAGUCCAAUGGGGAUGAGGUGAUGCAGCCUAAAUAGAGAGCGCGCCCAACAGGACUACCGCCGGCUAGAUGUAGCAAAGAUGGAUAAAUUGUCAUCGCAAGAUCGAGGAAUGGAGAUGCCACGUGGGGGAGGCUUUUAUCCACUAUUGGAUUGAUCAUAGCUGUUGACAGUGAUGAGGCAACAUACACCGCAGCCUUGAUACAUUUCGAGACUACACGGUGUGCUCUUGAGGUUUGUUAGCCCACACAGCUCUCUUUGAUGGCAGUUGACGCACAUCAGCAUAACUAGUGAGCACUGCUGGUAGUGUGGCUCAUUAAUUCAUGUUCAUAUACAGUAAUUAAUCUAAGCAGGUGUUAUAUACAAUUCUUCAAAAGCAGAAGUGUGAUCCAAAAUAAGUGCUUUUAUGUGAGUCAACUAAUUGACGAAAAAAGGACGAAGCAUGGAUACUGAUCAUGGUGUGAUAUUGGCCAGAGGAAGAAAAUGUAAAAAAAAAUUCAAUGAAAAAUAUUUGGCAUAAGUACAUUGGGGAUAAUUUUUUUAAAACCCGAAAUCUGUUUUUUUGCAGAGAAGGAUAAAUCUAAAAACGUGGCAGCAUGUAGCCGUUUUUAAGCUUCUGCCAGAGUGGAGCUUAGCCACCAGGCAACCGGGCAUUAGUCCGGUAAAUGAGCCUUGUAAUUGGGACUCCUCACACUGGCCACUACUAAUGACAAACAAGGUAAAGGUGCAGCCCUGCAAUUACAGUAGUUGCUCACACCUUUGCUGGUGGAAGGACCUCUACUAAACAAAACAACCAGAGAGAAGCCCCCUCUACAGCCAUAUGUGGCAUAUUCUUCCACGCUGACCAGAAUUGUUUGGAAGAGGUGGGAGUAACUCACACUUUAACCCUCCGCCACGCAACCCUUAGCGUUGACUAACUGUGUGUGGUCAACUCAUUUAUACUGCCGGGAGGACAGAGGGUGAUGGGGGAGAUUUAAGAAACUUGCAAGCAUUGUUUGAAAAUUUCCCGCUGUUGAGAUUGAACCGGCAACCCAUGCAUUGCGCUAAACCGUUACAUCUGGGCAUGGCUUAAAUCUCAACUUGAAUCGGCCAGGGGCUAAGUUAGGUUAUUCAUGGUAUCAGACGGUUAAUCUCUCAAAACCAACUUACCAGGAAGAAAUGCAGUUUCCGAGUCCAGCGCUUAUUAAAGUGUUCCGUCGAAAAAACAAUAGUCCGUUUGACUUCAAAGAGGGAAGGGGGGGGGGGUUACGGUGUUCAUUUGUGACUUUGAGCAGGAACUCACCUUGGUUUUGUCAAAAAAGCCUGCAUUAUGCAAUAUAACUGUGACAUGUGCAGUUUAGAAAUACGGUUGUGGUGCUCACUGUUCUGUGUGUGUGUGGGUGGCCUUUGAGAGUUGAGGGAUUUGUUAUUGACUGGCGGGUCCGCAUUGAAUGUGAGCAAAUGUGCGAAUUGCAACUGAUUCACCAGCCUGUUGGUUCUGUUGUGUAAAACAGCAGGUGGAAUCGCUCUCGUUUGCUUGUGAGCAGAAUGGAGAUCGGUUUUCAAGUGGCUCUGUGGGCAGGUUCUAUUGUUCCUUAUCCUAAUGGGGUUUUGAGUUGAGUUUUUGCUUUGGCCGUGAACCAUACGUCCAGGUGUUUAUCGGCUCACUCACCAUUCGCUAAUAAAACACACUCUGGA